AUGGAUGCUCAGUUGUUGACAGUGCUGCAGUUGACGGCAUGGAGCAGCAUCCUCGGCAAGAUCCUGGACUGGCUCUGUGCAUUCCUCCCAGGCUUUGACAAUGAUGAAAUGUAUCCUCUCCAUGCCUUUGACGACACAAGAGAAAACAGGAAGAUACUUUCGUGGACUCUUCGAUUCGACAGUGUCCUUGACGCCGACCAGCUGCAUCUUUCUCUCGUCAAACUCAUCGACCGGCCAGGAUGGAGGAAAAUGGGUGGGCGACUGACGAAGAACAAGGGCACCAAGCUGGAGAUUCAAGUUCCAGAGACCUUCAACUACGAUAGGCCGGCGGUCCGAUAUUCAAAUGAAGAAUUUGACCUCGACAUGGAAGAGGAGCCUCGCGUCUGGAAACUUCCGAAAAGCGACAACACAGGCAGACCUUCACUGCACGAGGGCCCGCCAGCCUUCCGUUACCUCACCAAGCGACCCGAUAUGCCAACGAAGUUCGCAGAUUAUGUCGACAAAGAUGAGCCUAUGAUGUCCAUGCAUGUCGCUUCAUUCAAUGACGGAACACUGGUCACUAUUACCUGGCCGGCUGUUCUCACCGACAUGAUGGGCAUGCAUGGAUUCAUCCAAGCUUGGUGCGAAGUCCUCGGAGACCGUGAGGAUAAUGUUCCAGAGAUGAUGGGAGCACAUAAGGACCCAAUGAGAUCUCUUGGGCGUCUGAAGCUCAGAGAAAAGUACGUCUUUUCAGGCGCUCACCUGCAAGGUCUUCAACUCCUGCAAAGCAUGUACUACUCUCUUAUGGAUAAAUGGACACAUGGCGAGAUGGAAUCAAAAACACUUUGCCUACCUGCAUCAUCAAUGGCAAAGCUCAAGCGGGAGGCUGGUAUCUCCUCAAGCAGCGAAAAGCCUUUGAUCAGCGAAGGCGACAUUCUGGCUGCCUGGCUGGCAAGGCAAGCCUGCUCAAUACUGCCGAUUUCCUCCGACCGGCCGGUGACAGUUUCAAUUCCAUUCGAGGCUCGGUCAAAACUACCCAUGAUAUUCCCCCAAGCGUCGAAGACAGAGCAAGAAAGCUGGGGUGAGAUGUGCAGACCCAACCCCGUGUACUUGGGAAAUGCAACCUUCAUGGCGCACCUGCACAUUCCCGGUUCUGCUCUGCUCAGCGCGCCUAUAGGGGAGGUUGCCUACGCAACACGUGCCGCUAUCCUACGACAGACGACCGAGUCACAGAUCAAAGCUGCAUCCCGCGAGAUCCGCCACAGACAGGAGGAAGCAAGCGGUCCUUUGCGCAUGAUGAAGCUGCCACUCAAGUACACCACGCCAGAUAGUAUGAUGGUGACGGUAUCAAAUUGGAGCAAGAUGAACGUAUUCGACACAUUCGACUUCUCACCAGCGGUCAUCAACAAAAGUUUGGGGGUUGCGACAAGAAGCAUGACCAGCCUCAAGGCGGGAAAGCCGACAUACAACCACAUGGAUGUCCUGAGGCCAUCGAUGGGGGAUCGGAACAAGUUCCACAUCUCUGGCAAGGACCACCAUGGAAAUAUAUGGAUCACCGGCAGAAUGGCAGCUGCCGGAUGGGAGGCUCUUCAGGAGGAGCUCGCUUGGUUGUAG